AUGGCGCCCAAAAAGGCUGAGAAACCACAGAUCCCCAUCCAGCCUGUCCCAGAGAAGCGCGGCUAUGAAUUUGGAGGGCCACUUGGAGCUUUCGGAAUCGUCUUCGGUCUUCCUAUUCUUGUUUAUACCUUCACUUUCGUCUGCAAUGAUGUGACGGGGUGUCCUGCACCGUCCCUCCUAAGCCCCUCGACCCUGACCCUCGACCAGCUCAAGCGUGAAGUGGGUUGGCCGGAAGAAGGCAUUCUGGGCCUGUUUGAUACCCAGGUUACACUGUGGACGUUGAGCUACUAUGCCUUCAGUCUGUUCUUGCAGGUCUUCCUGCCUGGCCAGGAAGCGGACGGUGUGCCCCUGGCAUGUGGUGGAAGACUGAAGUACAAAUUCAAUGCGUUCUCGUCCGCCCUCAUCAUCCUUUCGGGUCUGGCCACUGGUACCUACAUGUACGGCGCAAAUUUUGUCGUGUGGACCUUCCUGUGGGAGAACUACGUCCAGGUGAUCACCGCGAACCUCUUGAUUUCUUCAUCAGUUGCGAUCUUCGUCUACCUGAAGAGCUUCACGGUUCCCCAACCCGGUAAGCCUAAUCAGGAGCUUCGCGAACUGGCUCCUGGUGGGCACACUGGUAACAUUCUUUACGACUUCUUCAUUGGUCGGGAGCUCAACCCCCGCGUUCGCCUGCCUAUUCCAUUCGUCAGCGAGGCAUCGCGUACGAUUGAUAUUAAGGUGUUCAUGGAGAUGCGCCCUGGUUUGCUUGGUUGGACUAUCCUGAACCUCUCCAACGUGGCCCAUCAGUACCGCACCUACGGCUACGUGACUGAUUCCAUCGUUCUCGUCACUAUCUUCCAGGCAUUCUACAUCCUGGACGCGCUCUACAUGGAGCCCGCAAUUUUGACCACAAUGGAUGUGAUCAUGGACGGCUUUGGUUUCAUGCUGUCCUUCGGUGACGUUGUCUGGCUCCCCCACAUUUACAGCGCUCAGAGCCGCUAUCUCGCCGUCUUCCCCUUCGAGCUUGGCUGGAGCGGAAUGGCCCUCGUCCUCGGAGCCACCGCUGUUGGAUAUUUGAUCUUCCGGGGCGCCAAUAACCAGAAGAACCGCUUCCGCAGGGAUCCAAAUGACCCGCGUGUGAAGCACAUCAAGUUUAUCGAGACUGCCAGUGGCUCGAAGCUGAUGACCUCCGGCUGGUGGGGUCUGGCCCGCCACAUCAACUACUUCGGAGAUUGGAUCAUGUCGUGGUCCUACUGUCUGCCUACUGGUAUUGCUGGCUAUGCCAUCAUUGAAAGCAUCAACCCUGCCAGUGGCGCCCUCCAGAAGCAGGCCGUGCAGACUCCCGAGGCUCGCGGCUGGGGCAUGAUCUUCACUUACUUCUACAUUCUCUACUUUGGAGUUUUGCUCAUUCACCGCGAGAUGCGUGACGAGGAGAAGUGCAAGAAGAAAUAUGGUGCUGACUGGGACCGUUAUACCUCGAUGGUCCGCAGUCGCAUCAUCCCGGGCAUCUAUUAA